AUGCCUGUCAAGUGGAAUGAUUCAGAAAAGCUCACCCUCCUUCGAACUGCUAUCCUGUGCUCGCCCAAUUUCAAGCUCGAUGCAAAGAUGGUUGCCGAGAUGUGGCCCGGGGUUGAUGAGGAUGAUAAGCCUAGUGCUCGCAGCAUUGCCCGCAACUAUAGCAGUAUUAUGAAUCAUGCAAAAGACCUUGAAGCUAUCCGUCAGGCAAAGGAAGCGCAGGCCAAGAAUAGCGAAGACGAAAAGGACGGAGCAGAAACGAAGACUGGGGAUGACGCUACCACUCUUUCGCCUGAAGCUUCCACCAUCAAGACACCGGCUUUGAAGAGCUCAAUCACAACUCCAUUACCUACUCACGGCAGCAUGAGCAAUCGUUCUGCUGCCGUCAAAUCCAGCACCGGCUCUAAGCGUAAGCGCGCCAUCAAACGUCCCUCGUCUGACGAGGAUGAAGCGUCUCUCAGUGAGACAACCUCCGGCGACGAAGCCGAGGUUGUCUCACCAACCCAAAUUGCCCGAAAGAGGCUGCCGGUACGCAUGACACGCCGCACCACAAUGACCAGGAUUGACGAUGAAUAUGGCGGCACUGAGGAGGAGAUGGAUACGGGUGCCAAGCACCUGGAAACCGAGGGCUCCGAUGGGGAGUACGACCUUGCCAAAGAGCGCAAGGAAAAGACUGAACGCAAGGCGAAGCUUGCGAGGCGCGCUCGCAAGUGA